UCAAAUCAAACACAAAAUUUAAAUAGCCCAUUUUUCUUAAUAUAAAGAUUACUAAUAGUAAUAAAAUAUUUCAAAUCAACCACAAAAUUAAAAAUAUCUCAUUUUCCGCGCGUAGCGCGGACAAAGACUCUAGUUUUGACUAAAAAGAGAAAGAAUACACUAAGAGCACCAUUAAUCCUAGUUUUUAGUCAUGGAUUUUAGCAUAAGAAAAAUUAAAAAAUCAGUAGAUCUCACUUUUUUUUAAAGAAAUGUCUCUUCUUCCUCUUUUGUAAGGGCCGAAUAUUGGGUGGUUUUUGGACUGUUCGCGAGUUGUGACGGCCAGCGAUUAGUUUUUUUUUUAAUUAAUUUUGUUUUAUCAAACGAAAAAAAAUUUAAAAACAUACAUAUGAAACCGUGCAUGGUUUAAUGAUGCUCUAAUAAAAGAUGUUCGCAAAUUCUUCCACACUUUAAAAUCCGUGUCCAAAUAAUAAUUAUUGUCAAAAUAGAGAAGUCUAAAUUGAUGGUGUUAUGUUACCAAUUUGGUUUGAUUUAUUUGGGAUGUGCAAAAACAAAUUCACCUUUUGAAAAAUCUGAAAAUAGGAAGCUGUAUCAAUAGGUUGAAGAUGAUUCAAAACAGUUUUUGCUGCAUUCAUACAAAAAUUCCACUUCUUAACUACUUAAUAAACUAAAUGAAAAUUUAUUUAAAAAACCUCAAUGUUUUUUUUAACAAAAAAAAAUCCAUAUCAGUUAGUAAAGUGAAUUACAAGUAAAUCCACCUGCAUUGUAGUGGAAUCAUAAAAUUCGAUAUAAAUACACUCAAACUCUAAUUACUUGCUUUUGUCAAAAAAAAAAAAAAAAACUCUAAUUACUUAACUUAAUUUGAAUUCUUUAAAUUCUGUAUUUAAUAACACCCCAGCGAGACAUGUGUGACUUCAUGGCCCAAAACAUAAGAAUUUUAAGCUAGCAGGCCUAUUUAAAUAACAUUUGGGCCCAAUAGUCACUGCAAAUUUUGUUUGUUCAUUCUCAAAACCCAAAAACCUUAAACCUCCGUCUCUCUCGAACGAACCAGUUCCGUCGAUAGCCUCCUGCUAAUCUCCGGUCUCAGGGAUCCUCCUCAGAUCGAAAUUUCUCUCCUCUCUCCGAUCACCGCUCCGUCUUACGAUCAUAUCCAGCUGAGUUCAAGCUCCUCUCUGUUAAGUUUAUCAUAUCAUCCGUCGGCGCGAUUUUCUUGGAGAUGGUUGUUACUGUUGAAUCACAUUACGUUUUAGAUAAUUUCGAUUGAGGUAGAUAGAGAUGUAUAGUUAGGUUCCCAUUUGAAUCUGGUUUUAUAGAUUUUAGAUGAAUCUCCCUUGCUAGGUUAGGCUUCUGAGGGAAUGAUUGGUUUGUAGAUCUUAUCUGGUUAACUAUAAGGGCAUGUUUAGCCUCGAGGAAGGCUCUGGAACAUGCUAUCUCUGCCACUCACUCGCAGAUUCUUCUUCCGCUCUUGUUCCUCUAUAGCCACUGCUGUUGCAACCAUUCCAGCUGAAUCCAAUCAAAAGGAGCUUACCCCUGCACUUGUGAAGCUUAAAUCUGAGAGAGACCCUGAGAAGCUAUUCAACCUCUUUAAAUCCAACGCCACUAACUCCUUAGUCAUCGAAAACCGUUUCGCCUUUCAAGAUACAAUCUCUAGACUAGCCGGGGCGCGUCGGUUUGAUUACAUCGAGGCACUUCUCGAGCAUCAGAAGGCGCUUCCACAGGGUCGCCGCGAGGGCUUCGUUGUUAGGAUUAUAAUGCUAUACGGUAAGGCUGGAAUGACCAAGCACGCGUUGGAUACUUUCUACAAUAUGGAUUCGUCCAAAAGGACUGUUAAGUCCUUCAACGCCGCGCUUAAAGUGUUGACUUUGAAACCAGAUCUCCACACCAUCCAGGACUUCAUUGGCCAUGUCCCGUUCAAGUAUGGGGUUGUAAUGGAUGUGGUUUCUUUCAACAUUGCUAUUAAAUCUCUCUGUGAGAUGGGGUUUCUUGACAAGGCGUCUCUGGCGAUGAAGGAGAUGGAGAAGUUUGGGUUGAAACCAGACGUAGUUACGUAUACUACGCUUAUAUCGGCGUUUUACAAGCAGGACAGGUAUGUGAUUGGAAACGGACUGUGGAACCGUAUGGUCAUCAAGGGAUGUAGGCCUAAUCUCACUACCUUUAAUGUUAGGAUUCAGUUUUUAGUUAAUAGGGGACGAGCUUGGGAUGCUAAUGAUCUGUUGAUGCUGAUGCCAAAGCUCCAGAUGGAACCGGACAGCGUGACGUAUAACAUGGUGAUCAAAGGUUUUUUCCUAGCGGGGUUCCCUGAAAUGGCGGAAAGGGUUUAUACAGCGAUGCAUGGUAAGGGUUGCAAACCGAACGUGAAGAUCUACCAGACGAUGAUUCAUUAUUUGUGUAAGGCGGGGAAGUUUGAUUUGGGGUAUACGAUGUGUAAGGAUUGUAUGAGAAAGAAGUGGUAUCCGAACUUGGACACGGUUGGUGUUUUGCUGGAUGGGCUUGUGAAAAAGGGGCAGCUUGAUCAGGCUAAGUUGAUUAUGGGGUUAGUUCGGAAACGAGUCCCUCCUUUCAGCUCAAAACAGUUGCUCUCUCUGGAGUCCGUUUUGUGAUGUGUUUACAUGAAGUUGGUUUCAUUUUACACGACUAUGGGGGUGCCAAAAGGGUUCUCUUUCUUUCUCCAGACUCCAGAGCUUCUCUUUUGUAUAGUUGUGGUGGAAUUGGAAAUGGAUGUGGUCCCAUAUUAGGAGGCACACUGGUGUGACCAAUGUUUCGCACAUGUGCUGGAGAAAGACAUGGAUAUGAAAUUUGUUUGGUGAUGCACAAUUGCACACACACUUAGGCUCAAACAAUGAAAGCCCUGAAAAAGGUAGGAAUCUUUAAACAAGAGAAGAAAAGAAGAACUGAGAAGGCAAGAAGAAGUCUUAGUUUGUGAAUUUAGAAGAUGAUCCACAAUCUGUCUUUACUGUUGGAUCAACAAUAUUUACAAAAUAUAAAUGCAUACUAUUAUGUCAAAAAAAUUUAUCCCAUAAAUGAGAAAGCAAACAAAAUUUUAUAUGGUGUAA